AUGUGUAUUAUUCAAAGCAAAAGUUUUGUAUUCCUUCAAUGCAGUCUUCUUGCUUCUGAUUCACCGAUUCCCAACGUCUUGGAAGGUUUCCUUGACAGCUUUAUUCCGUUGACUCUUGCGAUGAAUAACGCAUCAGGACACUCUUUUAAAGACGAAAAGCUCACCCAUGCUAGGAUUUUUCCCGAGGUGGAAGUGGAGGUAAAAGUAGAAGAAGAAGAUUUUGUCUUCAACGAGGGAGGCGUCCCGUCUCCUCCAAGGAAGUUACGAUUCAGUGAUUCACCGUUCGGUAACAUAACGAUCAAAGAAGAAGAAGACGGAGACGAAUCCUUCGAAGACAACAGCGAUGAAGAAUACACACCUCCGGGAUACAAAAAGAAAAAAGGUAGACUUCCCAAAGAAAAAUCACCGCCGAAAGAAAAACGAGAAAGAGUCAAAAGACAAGAACACAAAAUCUGGACGUGCAGGAGGUGUCUGGAGGAGUUUAUCUCCAGGCGGGAGCUCACCGAUCACACGAAGACGUACCACCCUGAAGAAAAGAAAGAUGUACAUACCUAUAAAUUCGACGAAGAACAAGACAUUUACACUUGUUCUACGUGUUCAGCAGAGUACCAAAGUAAAAAAGAAGUGGAAGAGCAUAUUUCGAAAAUCCAUGAAGAGUUCUACACUUGCGAAGUGUGCAAGCAAACAUCAACUAAAGCGUACAAUUUUGCUGUGCACAUGCAGAUCCACAGUUCUGAUGCUAUGUACACUUGCCCCUUAUGCAGCUAUAACACACCUAGAAGAACAUGUUUACAAACUCACAUAAACAGGGUCCACUAUCAUAAGUUCUAUUACACCUGCUCGACCUGUGGGAAGGGUUUCAAUGACUCGGUCAUCUUCAAAGAACACAACAACGAACAUCUAGGAAUUAAGCCUUUUAUUUGCGUAGUUUGCAAUAAGUGCUUUGUUUAUUCUAGGUACAUGCUUAUCCACCAAACGAGGUACCAUACGGUGCAUAUCGAAGGUACCUUGCACAAGACUCAGUGCAGUAUAUGCUUGAAGGUCUUUAGUAAAAUCGCCACGCUUUUAAAACACAUCACUACGAAACAUAAUGCAAAUCCGGCUGAUAAGGUGGAGAAACGUCAUCUAUGUGAUAUGUGCGGGAAGGGUUUUGGUACGUCAGAUAAACUCAAAAUCCACUAUAGAAUACAUACUGGCGACAAGCCUUUUGGUUGUCAUUACUGCGAAAAGAGGUUCACCAAAAAAGACUAUCUCAUCAUGCACGAAAGAGUCCACACAGGUGAAAAACCAUACCCUUGUGAGUAUUGUGGAAAAUGCUUUAAUCAGGCAGCUUCUUUGAGGAUCCAUGUAAGGGGGCACACUGGCGAGAGGCCGUAUAUCUGCCAGUUGUGUAACGGGGGGUAUAUUUCAAGGGGAUCUCUCAAUUUACAUUUGAAAAUUUGUAGUGGUAUGGCUAUCAUGUAG